AUGAGACACCACACAGCUCACCAUGAGACACCAGCAAGCCUCACCAUGAGACACCAGCACAGCCUCACCAUGAGACACCAGCACAGCCUCACCAUGAGACACCAGCACAGCCUCACCAUGAGACACCAGCACAGCCUCACCAUGAGACACACACAGCCGACCGCACAGCCUCACCAUGAGACACCAGCACAGCCUCACCAUGAGACACCAGCACAGCCUCACCAUGAGACACCAGCACAGCCUCACCAUGAGACACCAGCAGAGCCUCACCAUGAGACACCCACACAGCGUCACCAUGAGACACCAGCAGAGCCUCACCAUGAGACACCAGCACAGCCUUACCAUGAGACACCAGCACAGCCGCACCAUGAGACACCAGCAGAGCCUCACCAUGAGACACCACACAGCGUCACCAUGAGACACCAGCAGAGCCUCACCAUGAGACAAAAGCACGGUUUCACCAUGAGACACCAGCACAGCCUCACCAUGAGACACCAGCACAGCCUCACCAUGAGACACCAGCAGAGCCUCACCAUGAGACACCAGCACAGCCUCACCAGGAGAUACCAGCACAGCUCACCAUGA